AUGGCUGUCAAUAUGGCCGAUGAGGAACUCUUCAAACGGGCCAUAUCUGGGUAUCGGGACGCUUUCUUGGAUCGGCAUUCUCACCUCUCGGAAGCAGAGCGCAACGAACUUUGGAGUGAGCAAUUAAAUCAGUUCAUGCCCACCGCAGCCGCUGCAUCUUCCCCCAGCUACCGCCCGGUUUCUGGCUCUGGCAUCCUUGACAAUGAUGGUUCAUCUCUCGAGAAAUCUGGGAAACGGACUCGACAGGAUACUCCGCGGACUCUACCUGGUUCUGGUCUUCCUCCAACGAAACGACGAGUCACCUCCCUGGAUUGA